CGGAAGUGUGUGGGUUGUCUCAGCACAACAAGGCCUUGGAAAGGUGCUGGUGCAGGUGAGUCGUCAGGGGCAAGGAUCAUAGGCGUUAUCGCAGAAAUUCUUGCAAAGCUCCUUUUUGAGAGGAGCUAUGGCUAUCUUGUUUGCAGUGGUUGCAAGAGGAACUACAAUACUUGCCAAAAAUGCCUUUUGUGUAGGAAACUUUUUGGAAGUGACUGAGCAGAUUCUAGCAAAAAUCCCAUCUGAAAAUAACAAAUUGACCUACUCUCAUGGAAAUUAUCUAUUUCAUUACAUUUGCCAAGAUAGAAUAAUAUACCUGUGUAUCACUGAUGAUGAUUUUGAACGAUCAAGAGCAUUUACCUUUCUAAAUGAAAUAAAGAAACGAUUUCAAACCACGUAUGGUUCCAGGGCACAAACUGCCUUGCCUUAUGCCAUGAACAGUGAAUUCUCCGGUGUGUUGGCUGCACAAAUGAAACACCUAUCAGAAAACAAGAACUCUGAUCGCAUUUCGGAGACUCAAACACAAGUAGACGAGUUGAAAGGCAUCAUGGUCCGAAAUAUUGAUUUGGUGGCACAAAGAGGUGAAAAAUUAGAGCUGCUGAUUGACAAAACUGAUAAUUUAGUGGAUUCUUCUGUCACAUUUAAAACCACCAGCAGAAACCUAGCCAGAGCAAUGUGCAUGAAAAACCUCAAGUUGACCAUUGUUAUUGCUAUUGUAGCAAUUGUUGUCAUUUACAUCAUUGUGUCGGCAGCAUGUGGCGGUCUCUCAUGGCCAACCUGCAUAAAGAAAUAGGAACCAAAGUCGUAUUAAACGGAGGGAAAAUCUGGAAAAAAAACAUUUUAGCCACUGCAUGAGGAUUUCAUUAGAGAUCUGUAUAUAAUGGUUCAUCUCCUCAGUCUCCAAAUAUUAUGCAUUGAAAGGCUAUAGUUUCUGCUUGCCUUAUUUCAGAUUUUUUAUACUUUUCAUAAUAAUUGAAGGAGGUACUGCAUUACAACUGAAACACAAAUCCAUAUUUUAUUCAGUGAUAGUGAAAUAAAAGUUGUCACAUUUUUUAAAAUUAAUAGUGCACUUUCAGUCGAUCAGUUGAGCACUUUUCUAAAAUGGUGUGCAGAGAUCUCCAUAUUAUCACUAGAGUAGCACUAAAAUAAUUGGGGCUUGUCCUUUUCCUUCGCACCACCACAUCCUUCACCUCACAUCCCUUGGUAAAGUUUUAUGCAACAUUUUGAAUUAUCUGUAUGGAAAUAAUAUUUCUUUGUCACCGAGAGGGUUCUAAUUAUUUAGUCACUUCUCAUUACAAAUUGUGGAGUCGGAAUACUAAACAGCUGCUUCAGAACACUUAACAAAAUAUAUGAAGUGUUACAUAUCUUCAGAAAUGUAUUAAGCAUUAUUAAAAGCUAAGCAGUCACCAGAGUUGCUGUAAAUGAAUUGCAAGUAUUGCUAGCCUAAUGUAAAAAUGUAAAUAAGUUUCUUAUCUAGCCAGUACUUAUGUACAGGACAUUCAACAAGAUAUAGCAGGUGUAGUACAAAUACUAUAGUGAUUGUGUACACAUGCUUACUACUCUUCCUGUGAAUGCAGAGCUUUGGCUAACCAAACUUAUUGUAUAUUUUUUAUUAUAUACAUUGUGUAUUUGUUAUUUGUGCUGCUUUGAUCUGUUUACAGUCAAUGAAAGAGUCAGGUUUAUUUCAUAUGAAAUUGAAUCUGAACCAGCUUCCAGAAUAGCCUUUAGGGUGUAGCUUUUGCAUAAAGCCCCAUUUUAUAAAACAAGUGAAACAUGAAACGAGUUCCCAUCAACAUUACACCUGGAAAAAUUACUGACCUUUUCAGUGGGUGGAGAACAUGUAAGGACUUCUGCUUUCAUGGGGUAUUUUAUUUUAAAAGUCUGAGCACUGCCUUUUCAGGAUUUAGAUUUGCAUGAAUUUCAAGUUAAGGUCAUGCAGUUCUCCCUUUUUGGGGGGAAUGAAUGACUGAGUGGUUGUGGAUUAGAACACUCUUUUGAAUAUGUAAUUGAUUACCCAAUUUGAUAUUCAUAAGGCUCUUGCUAGACGUUGCUUAUUUUGUACAGUUCCUGUUACAUAAAUUGACACUUAUGGAAUAGCAUCUGGAUGAAGAUUGCAUAAGUCAUUUUUAAAUCUUUGAUUUGUGUCAACAGUUUGGUCGUAGUUGUUCCAAUCAAUGAGUAAAAUGCAUUGGAGAAGGUUGCUAUUAUUUGGCGUACAUGGUAGAGAGGAAUAUGUAUACUAUUUUGCAUCAGUCUUGGAAGUAACAAAUUUCAAAGUCUCAAUCCAUAAUUAGAAAUAUUGUUUAAGAGCUGUUGUCAAUUAUAAAUUGUAGUUUACCUGCAACUCAAACACUUUCCACUAACAUUUGAGCUUGUAUAUUUGUUCCAUGUUUCUGUAGCUUUAUGAACUAAAGUAUUGGCUCGUUGGCAUUAAUGUUGCAACUUGUGCGUGGGCUGUCAUAUUCUUGCCUUUCAAUCAGCACAAUUUUACAAAAAGUGGGGAGUGUGGUCUCUGGGCAAGUAUCAUUUAAAUGAAUAUCCAAUAUUUUACCUAGAUUUUUGCUAUGAUUCCUUUUUUUAUACUUUUGAAUACAUCUGAAAUUGUUUAUAGACCAAAAGAACGUGAUGUCAUAAACAUUUUUAAUUUGCAGGGUAAUAAUGUGUGGCCCACUGGCACAUCCCUCAUUGUGCUCACAUUAUUAUACUUUCCAGUAUACACUGUGGUAUGUCUCAUCUUGCUAAUGAGGGAUUCAUGAAAUACUAAUGCCUGUAACCAAACCUCUCCCAUCCCACACCAGCCUUAAAGGAUAAGAAUUCAGGUUGCUGUCCAAGUUUUAAAAUUGCACAAAAUGGGAAUGUAUUAAAUAAAAUUCUAGAAUCUUAAUAUUGUUAACAUAUUAGUUCACAUCUUUAAAAUAUAGAUUGUGGCUGUGUAUAAGAUGCUUUUGCAUUUGUACUUUGAAUGGUAACAAUAAAUUGUUUAAACAUAA